GCCUCUGAAAAACCCCACAGUUUUAUUAUAUAAAUGUCUCCUCUCCAUUGCUUUAUUCUGCUUCUCUCCCUCCUUCCCCACCUACCCACAGCUCAGGAUCAGCCUGCUCACAGUAGGUUUGAAUAUAAGUACAGUUUCAAGAGACCUCAUGUCACACUUCCUGAUGGGACAUUACCCUUCUGGAACAAAUAUGGAGAUGCGAUUGCCAGUCAAGAUGAAGUCCGGCUGGUUCCUUCUCUUAAGCUACAUAGUGGAUCCAUAUGGACCAUACACAACGCCUCUUUCCCGCACUGGGAGCUUGAGGUGUCCUUUAGAAUUGCAGGACAUGGACGUCAGGGAGCCGAAGGACUGGCGGUGUGGUAUACGAAGGAACCAGGACGGCUAGGACCAGUAUAUGGCUCUGCAGAUUUCUGGGAUGGUGUAGGAAUAAUAUUUGACACUCAUGAUAAAGAUCACAAGGACGAUAACCCGGCAAUAUUGGUUGUGGGAAACAAUGGAGAGCUGAGUUAUGAUCACACCAGUGAUGGUUUAAGUCAGGCCUUAGGCUCCUGCAUUUACAAUUUCCGGAAUACUAUACGGCCUUUCAGGGCAAAAAUCAGAUACUACAAGAGGACUCUUCGGGUCUCUGUAUUUAAAGGUCUGUCCCCAAGUAAUGAUGCAUUUGAGCUGUGCGUGGAGGUGCAGAACAUGGUGAUCCCACCUUCUGGCUACUUUGGAAUAUCCGCAGCUACAGGAAUUAUUGCAGAUGACCAUGAUGUACUCUCAUUCUUGACGCACAGUCUGAGUAGGACUUGGCAGGAGUCUCCUGCAUCGCAGAUCCCAGACUCUGAAAAGGAAAAGUUUGAAAAAGAGUUUGAAGAUUUUCAGAAGGAACUAGACAAAAAUAUCAGGGAUUUUCAGAAAGAACAUCCUAAAGAGGACGAUGACACCUUUGAAUCAGAGAGUCAGCGAGAGCUAGACAUGGUUCUGGGAGGACAAAACCGUGUGCUUGAGGAGCUAAGGAUAUUGAAGGGGAGACUGGGUAUAACUCUGGAGGAGCAAAAGAGGUUCCGAGCGAAUCUGAGUGGUUCUGCAGCCAAUGAGACCACAACUGUAAAGAAGGAACAGGGUGAAGAUAAAUUGAAAGCUGCAGUGAAUGGAAUUCGAGAACUUUUGGUCAAGGUGCAAGACUUAAAAGGAAGCAUUGUAAAGGUGGCAGAGAAAGCUAAAGACCUGUAUCCUUCACCAAGCAGCAACUUUACUGAGGAUUUCAGCAUGAUAAAGAAAAACCUACAAAGCCUGGUCAAAACUUCGGGCAGCACUCACAAUUUGCAAUGUCCAACCAACACUGACCAGUCUUCCUGCUUGACAAGUGGCGUUUUCAUCACAUUCCUGCUGCUCCAGAUCACAUGUUUAACCUUCUAUCUGUUAUUCAGCAGCAAAAAGGACUGUGGCACUAAGAAAGCUUAUUAAGUGAGUUUGAAGAAGAACAGAAAUCCAGACCAUCAGGACGAAAGAGAACAUCAGCUCCAUUAAAUGCAAGCUGUCUGAUUCUGAAUAUUUUUUACUUAAAUCUAGAUUGUGGAAAUUAAAGCUAUUAACAGAA